AUGAGCCAUAAUGAUAGAAAACCUUUAGAAAACAUUCGUUUAGGCAUCCGUGAAAAAAUUGCACAAAGACAUGAUAAUAGGCUAGGCGCAGUAUACUCAGCAGUUUAUUCAUUUAUGGAAACACGCCUUACAUCUCAAAGGAAUCUAACUAAGGGUGCCAUUAAUAAAGACACUGUUUCUUUAAUCUUGUUCAACAGUAGUACUAUUGUACCAAUUGAAAAUCAACCAUUAAGCGAUCUAGACAAAUUUUUAGAUAUUAUGAUUGAGCAUAGUCCAUGUGAUGGAACUAACUUUGAAUUGGCAAUACAGAAAGCAGGGUUCCUGAUUGAUAAAUAUUAUGAUCCAACAAAGACAAAUAUUAUUAUAUUUUUGUCAGAUGGUGAAGGUGGAUCACCAGAUGCUCAAUUAGAAAAUAUUUUAAAGAUGGCUAAUAUUGCACAAAAGUAUCUUCCAGCUAAUUCCUCACCCCAAUCUUUAAAAUGUCAAUACACUAAAACUAUCGAUGAAAUAGCUUUAGCUAAUCAUUUUACUAUUGUUGCAGAAAGUUUAAGAAGACACAAACCUUCUUUAAUGAAAAAAUAUUUUUAA